AUGCUCUGGUACCAGCAAACAAAGAGUGGUCUGAUGAAUUUAAUUGGAUAUAACUACAUUGGCAGUGACCCCAACUACGAGAAGCAGUUUGAACAUCAGUUUGAGAUUACGAGAGAAAACAUCCGAACAGGAGCUCUGAUCAUUCCACAGUUUCAGCAUCCUGAGAGUCAGGCCGGCAGAGAAGUUAUUGUGUUCGUAUUGCCUCAGCUUGCUUGGAACCUCCAUGGAGGUGACGUCAAAAACAAGUAUCAAGCACUAUCUACAACUUCUGCCCAAAAGAAAACCAAAAAAGGUCUCACUGUUGUAGUUCUGCAGUCUGGGGAUCAAGUGUCUCACCCAGGAGCCACAGUGAUGAUGGAGUGCAGCAUGGGGUCCAGGGCUCAGCAUGAGCAGCUACACCAUGUACUGCCUUGUAUCAGUGUGAACAACUACAACCCAGCUUACUUUGGCAGUGGCACCAAACUGACAGUGUUGGAAAGAAAUAUCACCCAACCAACAGUGACAGUGUUUAAACCUUCAUUACACGAGUGUGAAAACAAGAACGAGAAGGGGACAGGCGUUACAAAGAAGAAGACCUUACUUUGUGUGGCCAGUGGGUUCUACCCAGACCAUGUUAGUGUGUCAUGGAAGGUUGAUGGGAAGAAAGUCGACAAAAAUGUGUCGACUGACAGUGCUGCCCAGCUGGACGGUGAUUUCUACAGAAUCACCAGCAGGUUGAGGGUCCCUGCUAAAGACUGGCACAACCCCAAGAAAUACUUCCAGUGCAUCGUCAGCUUCUUCAAUGGGAAUGAAACUAAGCAUUUUGAAGGCUCAAUUAAGGGUGAAGCAGAUCCGGUAAAAAGAGCAAAAUAUCUGAAGAUCACACAGAGUGCCAAACUCUCCUACAGUGUUUUUAUCGUCAAGAGCUGCAUCUAUGGAGCCUUUGUAGUGUUUCUGGUGUGGAGACUUCAGGGUUCAGCUGGAAAGGACUGAUGUGAGAGCUGAGCUGUGGCAAAUGAACUCUGGGAUGGAUUAAAGUGCUUUCUGUAAAUACAACUGAAAACAAAGUAGUUAUAUUUCUAUAUUUCAGUGCAUUUAAACUCAUAUAUAUAAUCCUGCAGACAGUAGAUGGAUGGUUUUUGUGCUUACUGUUGUUACAAUGCUAGACUGCCAUGCUGGUUCAUUUGGAACCAGGUUUUUAUAGAUACUUAAUAAUUCUGUGUAUUAGUUUUUGGUUGUGAAAUACUUGUUUGCUUAACUUUCUUCUCAAUAAAAGCCUU